UUCUAAGCAACAACUUGGUUAAUAUCAUAUUCUCAGCCACAACUUGGUCUAUAGCAUCAUGAAGAGUACUGAUGUGAAUCUUGUUCAUUUCUUAUCAGUAUUGUCUUUGUCAUUUCUGUUGUUUACGACGGUAUCGGCACUAACAAAUUCAAAUGAUGUGAAGGCGAUACAGUUGUUGAUAGAUAAUUAUCAUUCGCUUGGGUCUUUAGCAACGGAUGAUCAAGCUGAUCCUUGUCUUCCUGAACCAUAUUCAUGGGUUAACUGUAGCUCCGGUGAUACCCCUCGAGUAACAGCAUUAAAUCUGCACCACUCUGGAGCACUAUAUAAUGGAGAUCUCUACGAUUUUAGUGCCUUAGAUGCACUUGAAAUCAUAGACUUAAGCGAUAAUAUUUUGGGACAAGAGUUUCCUGAUUUUCUUGCCGACUUCCCUAAACUUAAAGUGCUGAAUUUGGCGAAUAACUUUUUCACUGGAACAGUGCCUACUUCAUUAAGGAAAAAAUCGAAGGAAGGAACGCUAAAUUUGACGUUGACGGGAGAGGGAAUGAAUGAGUUGUGUUUUUCUGAUAAAGACGUAUGCCCGACCACAAAAGGGACAAAAACUUCGCCAGGAAUAGAUGAAGAAACAUCAACCAACAGUGGAUCACUGGUAUCAUUAUCAUCAUCCUAUGACUUUAUGACUUUAAAGAAAUUGGUGCCGAAGAGUUUCAAAUUCGGAUCACUGGUAUCAUUAUCAUCACCCAAUGAUUGUAUGAGUGUUAUCAACAAUAUAUGAUUUUUCAGGAUUUCUGGAAGAGGAAGGUUCCAUGGAAAAGAAGGAAAGAGGGAAGGUGCAUAUUUUAUACCCACAAAAUGGAAAAAGUUGUGUGGUGUACCACCUUAAAUAAUAUGUGGCGCAUCCCAAAUACAUUAAAACCUCUCCUGAAGAAUACUCUAUAUAGGAAUAAACUCCAUAUAAGAAUAAAAAUUUGUGGUCCCGAUUUGGACCAGUUGUAUUUAAGAAUAAACUCCAUAUUGGAAUAAGUCAUAAAUUUUUCCGGUCUCGUCUUAAGGAACUUACCUCCAUAUAAGAAUAAUUGACAUUAUAAAAUAAAUAUCAUAGGAUUUGUCAUGCAUCAAAGUUUAAGAUGAAGAGCUUCUUGUAACCAUUUUACAAAAUCAUUUGGCUUCAAAGUGGAAUCUUUACUUUUCUGUGAACA